UCCAGGAGGUUGGGACAUUGGCCAUGGACUCAUGCUCUACCCUGUUGGACGCGGUGCCUUCCUGGGAAGGGGACCGCAAGUUCGUCCUGCGGGGCUGGUCUCUGGCCUUCAGCGUCCUGGCAACCCUGAUGAUGCUCGGUAUGGCGGACGGACGGCUGGCGUACUUGCAGGGCUCUUACACUGGCUACCUGGGCAUCUGGACGGACUGCAGGAAGUACAAGUGUGCCAGCCUGGGCCAAGUCACCGUUCUCAUCCACAUGAGCAUGGGCUUCAUGACGCUGGCCCUGGCCCUGUGUCUCAUCCUCCUGCCCUCCAUGUGCCUUUCCUUCUGGCCAGUCUUCCGACGCCUUGCUAAGCUCGAUCUUGUCUUCAGUUUUCUCAGCUUCAGCACUGGGUUCCUGAUUGUUCUCAGUCUGACGCUCUUAGUAGUCGGCUGCGAGACGCUGCGCCCGAGGCCACAGAUAUCCUACCUGGGGACCACCUACCUGUGCUGGGUGGCCGGCGCCUUGAUGCUGUGGUCAGGAGUGCUGAACUACUUAAACCACCUGGGCCUGUGGGGCAGAAGUUCGUCCUUCCAGGAGCGGCGGGUGAGCUACCGUCGGAGGGCCUGGCAGCAGAACCCUCAGACACGGGUGUCCGGACUGCAGUCCGACGCUGACCGCAAGCGCACCGUGGACCUGUCCAACACACCCACCCCCGAGGGGCCCCCUCUCAAGCCUCUCUGAACAGUUGCCCCUGAGCUUCUCAGGAAACUGAGCGGUCACCGCAGCCACAUACCGGGCCCACCCCCUCCAUCGUGGCCACGCGCCCUAGAUUAGACCUCCCUUCGAGGCCCCACUCCCGUAGAAGAGGCCGCGCCUUCCGAGGACCAGCGACAAAACCCCACCCCUCGAGCUAGGGUUUACCCUUUUCGGCUCCGUUCCCGCCCACCGAGUCCUCAGCCGGCCUUCACUCCCACCGUGCGACACCGCCUCCUCCAGUUCUGCGCGUGGCGUGCAAUGCCACCUGCCGGUGUGGCCCCGCCCCUGGGUGGCUAGCCCUCUCAGGCCACGCCCCGAAGUUGCACUCCACUCCACUGAACACCUCCCCCUCCGAGGGCCAGCCCCGCCCCUGGAUACCCAGACAGGACCCGUGACCGACUCUGGAUGUAGCUCCGCCCUUCUGGGGAUCAGGCCCCUCCCCGAAAAGGCGUGGCUCGCAAUCACAUUUCCUCCUCCAUCCCCCCACUUCCGGACUGCUCUGCCACAAUGAAACCUGGACGCCUUGCAA